AAAAAUUUGUGUAAUUGGUGGUAAUACCAUAAUGAAGUGUCAUACCGUCAGAAAAAAAAAAUUAUACUCAAAAUAUUUAAGACAAAUAAUUAUUAUUUUUCAUUUAACUGAUCCUACCAUUAAUUCAUUUUCAACUUCUGAUUAGAUGGCUCACACAAUUAUGAUUUGCAAUUUAUAAAGCCUCGAAUCAAAGAAAGCAGAACAACAACAUUCGAUUAGGCUCCUUCACGAACGAAAAAAAAAAAAAAAAAUUGAGUCGUCGUCGUCUCGUCAUUGAAAACGAAGAGAAGAAAAAAAUAAAUUGCAGAAAGUGCAACCAGACAAUUUUAUAUAGCAUAAAAUGUCUAAUACCAAGAAAUGGCUGUGCGAAUAUUGUACAUACGAAAAUUUUCCAUCGUCCAGAAAGUGUACAAUGUGUAAUUGCCAAAAGGCUCUACUGAAUGAAGACAUUUUUCGCUUAAGCCCGUCGCAACAGUGUGAUAACAAUCAAUCAAUUAUUGAAGCAUCCAGCCUUAGUAUAUCCUCAACCAAUCUAACCGCAUGUGGGCCAUCCAAUCAGGAGUCAAUCGUUAACUCUACUACUACUACUACUACUACUUCAUUGUCAACAAAAAACACUCCAACCAAGUGGACAUGCUCCAACUGCACGUACCUGAAUAUGUCGAAAGCGGCAAGUCGUUGUGUCCAGUGUGGCGUUGCCGCCACCGCCGCGACCAAACGAACGGAGUCCGAACUCAAUUUGUUCAACGAACAAAUGAAGGGACUAAAUUUGGUUGAGGACCAGGAACUGUUAGCAACAGCAAAUCGAAUCAGUCCGAUGGGUUCGGCAACCAAUUUAUCCGGAUCGAGAACGAAUUUGGGCGCUGGAGCUAGAAUCAGUCCCGUCGAGCAGAGGAGUUAUCCGCUUAAUAAGUGGUUGUGCACAACAUGCACCUACGAAAAUUGGCCAAAGAGCAUCAAAUGUUCAAUGUGCUAUCAUGCAAGGGAUUUAUCGCAAGAAACUGGUGCUUUAAAAAAUAUUUCUUCGCCUGAACGUGACAUCGAUGAAAAUUGUGCCGGCAAUUUUAUUAUAGCAAAUACAAACAACAAACGAAAUAAUUCUAAUCGGUAUCAAUUGGGCAAUACGGAACCAACAAAUAACUGUGAUUCAAUACAAGAGCGACGUUUAAGGCAGCUACGACGACAGGCCGAUUGGCAAUGGUUGUCCGCUUGCAUUGGCGUUGUUGAGAAUAAUUUUAGUGCAGUCGAAGCUUAUUUAUCGUGUGGCGGUAAUCCCGGUCGUUCUUUAACCAACACCGAAGUUGCUCUAUUGAAUAGAAACUCAGCAUUUGAUGUUGGUCACACACUGAUACACCUAGCGAUUCGAUUCCAUCGUGAAGAGAUGUUACCCAUGCUACUGGCACAAAUAUCGGGAUCCGGACCGGGAAUCAAGAGGGUUCCAUCAUACAUCGCACCUGAUAUAGCAUCAGACAUUCGUCGGCAUUUCUGUGCGUCGUUACGCAUUCGAAAAUCAUCGUUCAACUGUCGCUAUAUUAAUGAGCACGCAACAUUUUCGCUGCCCGCCGAAAUCGAAGAACUGCCCAUUUCGAUACAGGAACAACUGCACGAGGAACUGUUCGAUCGUGACGCUCAGGCGGAAUUGGAAAGUUCACCGCCGGCAUUGAACUGGUCGUUGGAAAUAACGGCACGAUUAGGAUCACGAUUGAUGGUGUUGUGGAAUAGAAGCGCUGGAGAUUGUCUGCUUGAUUCUGCGAUGCAAGCAACGUGGGGCGUUUUCGAUCGUGACAAUGUACUGCGACGAGCGCUGUCAGACACAUUGCAUCAAUGCGGUCAUAGCUUCUACAAUCGCUGGAAAGAGUAUGAAAUGAUUCAAGCUGCUCUGCUACACUUUACAUUAGAAGAAACCCAAUGGGAAGAAGAUUGGUCCAGUCUACUAUCACUAGCCAGCCAACCGGGUUCCUCUUUGGAACAAUUGCACAUCUUCGCACUAGCCCAUAUUCUACGCCGGCCGAUCAUCGUCUAUGGUGUUAAGUACGUGAAAAGUUUUCGUGGUGAAGACAUCGGAUACGCAAGAUUUGAAGGAGUGUAUUUACCUCUGUUGUGGGAACAAAGUUUCUGCAUAAAGUCACCAAUCGCUCUGGGCUAUACACGUGGUCAUUUUAGUGCCCUUGUGCCUACGGAACCAUAUUCCCGAAUCGAUGUGGCUCGCGUCCAAUCCGAAGAUGUUACGUUUUUACCGCUAAUGGAUUGUGAACAUAAACUACUGCCAAUUCAUUUUCUGAACCAAUCCGAGAUGGGAUGUGAAGAGGCGAUCAUGCGACAAUGGUUAGAUGUCUGUAUGACAGAAGGCGGCUUAUUGGUGGCACAACAAAAGCUCCACAAGCGUCCGUUGCUGGUAGCGCAAAUGCUUGAGAAAAUGGCUGAAACCAUUACAAAAGAAUGCGAUAAAGUUCCCUAUUUAUAA